AAGCUUGCAAAAAUGAUUGAGGCCAGGGAGUGAGAGCAAAAGAAGAAACAGUAAUGCCAAGAGAAUGUUGCAAAAGCCAAACGAACAAAGAAGGAUUAA